AUGCUGACCGUCUGUCUAUAUUUGGUCGUCUUUCCAAUUUUUGCUUCUUCGCAGUUUUUAUCAUAUGAUGCAAUUCGAAUGAGGGUACCAGGACGUUGUAUGUUGGGUGACUAUGAUUGCGGGUUAGGUCAGUGUGUUCCAAUUUCUCAAUUUCGAGAUGGAAAACCUGAUUGUAUGGAUGGUAGCGAUGAAUGGUGUUUCAUCGGUCAAGUUAGUUGUGGUCCAGUUUAUUGUGCAGAUUACAAAGAUGCACUUCCAUGUAUUGUUUAUCCUAAAUGUGACGGUUCAUCAAAACAACUUCCAUGGUGUUCUACGUCAAAAGAAAAACUAUGUGCGGAUGAAACGUCAUUUCCGUGCAAAGGUUACGGAGAGUGUGUUUUGUGGGAAUGGUUGUUAGACGGGAAGAAGGAUUGUAACGAUGGCAGCGAUGAAGACGAAAACUAUGUGAUGCCUCUUGAACACGCCUAUAGAUGUGCCAGAAAUCAAUCCGGACUCUAUCUCCCAAAACCAGUACCACCACCACCGGAAGAUCACCCGUCUCUCUACGUGGAAGGUUGCUCAAUGUGCUCGAAACCAUCUACCGUCACCUUGCCAUCUAAUCCUGUGAUAGACUAUACUACUCCAAAAUAUCCGUUUAUUACAUCUCCUCUGCUGGGAAAUACAAAACCACCGUUGAGUAACUUCCCAGUAUUUCCAAGUGAAGAAUCAAAACUUGGGGAUUUCUUCCCUGAACCAUCCGGUGUCGAAAUAUCACGAGUAACUGGCUUCCACAAACCAAAUGAGCCAAUAGGAGACUUCUUUCCAACACAUUCAUCAACACCUGUACCUCCAACAGAAGCUGUCACUCAAUCUCACACAUUUCGCCUUAUAACAAUUCCAUCAAUUAGCCAGACGCAGUUUCCUCAGGCUCCGCUCAUUUUUCCUGGACGGCCAGACUUGCCACCCAUCACUGCGCCCUCACCUCUAAACAACUGGCCAAUUCCAAUUGUGACUACCACACCGGACCCACACCAUCAAGGCCCACUUCCGCCGAUUACGUAUCCAACUAUAGAAGAGGGUUCGGAAAAGAUUCCACCAAUAAAACCGGGAAUUAUAAUCAGCCGACCGGUCACUUCAAGAAAACCAGAUCUACCAUCAGAGUUUGAGUAUGGAGGAGGCACGGGUGAUGGAAUAUCGCAACCACCAGGAAUGAAUCCAUUUGACAUGCUCACUAGGCCCAGUGUUCCAAUGACAACUCCAGGACCUUUUGACAUGUUUCCUAAUGUACCACCUGUAGACCUCCGCCCAGUUACCCGACCAUGGGAAUCUGAAAAAACAAAACCUUAUCCUGGUGUUACAAUACCGGAUGAACAAAAAUCCGGUACCGACACGUUAAUACCAUUAAUUCCUGGUCGCAUUCUUCCAACUUUCGCAACACCAAGACCACUCUCCAUUCCAAGUUUUUUCACAACUCCCCAGUCACCCCAUAGACCUUUCGUAACUCAAAAUCCUCCUCAUGGUGCAUUACCAACACUGAUCCCACAAGCCGAAAUUGAGAAGUAUGUGCAAACGGAAGUACCACCUCACUCUGGUUUCGAAAUACCGGGAGGGGGUUUCACAACACCUGGUAGCCAUAUUACCCAUCCUUCGAAAGUUCCAGAAGGUUUCAUUGAAGAAAAAACAUUGCUGACGCCUUCUACAAACAAUGCUCAGACAACUCAGAUAGACAGAAAUCUUACACCGAAAACCACCACUUUGAAGGCUACAUCUCGAACAAAAAUUAUUCAUGUUGGACCAAACGGGGUUGUUGAAGAAAUCGAUAAUAAUGAGUCGACGAAGAUUGAAAAUGAAACAAAUUUGGGAGAACAUGAAGGACAAAUUGUACCAGGAUCAGAUAAAGUCAUACACAUUGGUCCAACAGUGAAAACGACUCCAACACCAUCUAGUGGUACUUCAACGAUUGUCACCGAAAACAGUUCAACCUUCGAAUCGGUAUCGACUUCAAGUGUUCCAACAACAACAGUGAAGACAGGUGACCCACAGGUUGAUGACUGCCUCCGAAGAAUGUCUGAUUCUGGUGGAUCGGUAAUUUGUGAUUGUCCAAAUGGCCAAUUCAAAAACACUGGGAACGGGCAAUGUGAAGAAACUCUUUCAUUGGUGGUUGUCAAAGUGAAGGUUAACACAGUUUGUAAUACAGAUAAGGCAUCGCUUGAGCAAAAACAGCGGAUUUUACAUCAAAAGAUUGGUCAAUCUUAUAAAUCGUGCAUUCGUUCGGCGGAACAUGAUUCUGCAUUAGUUGCUAUUGUUCAAUGUAGUGACUGCACUUUGCAAGAGAUCGAUCGAUUGUUAACGACAAGAUCAUUCGGGGAGCCUGGAAACUUGAAUCUGACUGCAGAAGCACUCGGCACUGAUCUGUGUUCCAAUUCGGAGUUCAAUCAUUGUCAUGUUUACUCGGAUUGCAUUCUAGAUGAUGAAAAUUUGCGGUAUGCGUGUAAAUGCAAAAAGGGUACAACAGAUAGUUCGGAUGGAUAUGGAAGGUCGUGUGAAGGUUUUCCUGAAGAAUCAGAUUGCGUGAUGGUUUUCGGAAUCUGUUUAAUUGUCUGGCUAAUUUUUCUCCUGGGAUCCUUCUUCUUGUCCCUUCUAGCGUGCAUAGCUUGUUAUGCACUCUGUCGGAAACGAUGUUGUCGUUACAUUGCGAUUCACCCUGCCAACGCGGAUGGUUUGCAAACUGUGGUUGUGGGUCAAAAAGCUGCGAAAAGUUUGGAAAUGGAUGGAAAUCGGGAAAAGUUACCUCACAUGAAAGCUAUAUUUGCUGAAAGUCUGAAACACAGCGCCAAAGGAUCUACAUCUGUAGCGAGUGCAUUUGCUCUGGCAGAUUUCAAGCGGAAAAAAGUUUCAAGGCCUCCGGACAUGAGUCAAGUUAUAGAAGAAGUUAACGAGAAUCCCACUGCAUCCAUUCACAAUUCAGAGUCUUUACCGAAAGUUAGUAGCCUUGCAAAGAUAUCAACGCACACAGCGAAUUCGGAGCCUCCAACACCCGUAGGCGUUAUCGAAACUCCUAUUCUUGAGAAGAAUUCAAGCUCCGUGUCUCUUGUCUCGGCAAAUGACAACGCACCUCAACUUCCCAGUUUACCACUGCCGCUUCCUGUACCAAUCACGACGAGCGCAUCAACAACCAAUUUAGAAGAGACGACGGGAAAGGAGAAUGGGCGAGAAGGAGGAGGAGGGAGUCAUGCAUCAGCUCAGGAACAACAAGUGCCGGAAACGGAAAGACCAGCUUCGUCGCAUUCAGUUGGUGUGCAGCCAACCAUUUGGGAGACGUAUCGAGUACUUGGACAACAAUACUCGAAAUCUGAUUUGACUGAAAGGAAAGCCAGUGUGGACUCACUCGAACAAAUGUUCGAAGCAAGGCUCGCUGAAACGUCAAGAACCACCAAGACCAUUCCGACUGUUCGAACGGACAAAUCUGAUAAUUCUGCAAUAAUCUUUACUGCAAAACCGUACAAAAAAGAUACAGAAAAACCAACCCUUGUCUCUGAAGAAACAAAGAAAACUCCUGAUAACGCCGAAGUAAAUCUGGAAAAACCUUCCGAUACCACACAGGAUAUAAAACAAAACUUGGAAGAACAAAAAGAAACUGAUGAAAAAGAAACUGACUCGAAACUAGCAGAUAUGAUUGGUGUAACAUCCUUCCACAAACCAGAUACUCCGUCGCGACCAGAUUCCGGAAAAAAAGAUGCUAAAGUCAUUCCAAAAACUGGACAAGUUGAGAGUGAACCAUAUUCACCUACAUUGGAAAAAUCUUUGGAAGCAGCUUUACUCAUUGAAAUGGCAAAACGAGGAAUUGAACUUCCUCUCUCCCCUAAAACACCCAUUCCAAUUGCAACAGAACUAGAAAAAGCGGCAUCUGCAAAUUUUGCCACCGCUGAAACAAGCGAGGAUUCUGAAGUGAAGCCAUAUCAACCGCAAACCCCGAAGAAGCCUGAAAGCCGAAAGUCGUCUGCAAAAUCCAGUGCAUCAUCAAAAAGGUCCAAGAUUCCUAGCACAUCACAAUCGAGAGUUGGCAGUGCAAAGAAGCAGAUUUCUCAGAUUGAUGAACAGGAUAAGGAACCGGAUGUGUUUGUUCCGCAAGGAGCAAAGGCAAUAUACCAGACUAAGCGAAUACUACGACGGAGUGGUGGUGCUGGUGGUGUCAACGAAUUAGUACCAUCGACAGAUGAGAGUGAUCCUGAAGUCGCGUUUUUCAAGAAGCUAGACAGAAUAAAGCAAGACUCACGUAAUUAUCCUGCACAUCCAUAUCGAAAGUAUUCGAGGCGACGGAAACCGGAAAGAACGUUGUCUAGUAUAUCGGAGAAGAGCGCUGAAAUUGCAGCGGAGGCUGCUCUUGAUUAUCCUCAAGAUACUUCCAUAUCUUGUCCAGCAACAACUCGAACUUUCCUGGAACCCAGGUUUUCUAUGGCUCCAAGAUACGUUUUCAAACGUAAAGUUGUUGAAGCAAGUGAAGAAACAUCAGAUGUGGAUAUGCCACGACUAUCACCUGCGAGACAUGCACCACCAGUUGUCAGCUCGCCAGAAAUUCCAGAUGUUUCUUUGCAGCGAUCCAUGGAGAACUUGCACAAGUUAGAGAGCAAAGUCAAACCUCAACCACCAUACCCGCAAACACCAACAAAGAAAAGUAAUCUUAUGAAAAAGAAGACCGGCAAAAAUGAAUCCUCUGCUUCCCAUCCCUCGUCAAGUCUACAGAGCAGUCGUCACAGUAGUAAGUUCGCCUCAAAAGCUACAACUCCAAGAACUGGAGACGCAACUCCUGCUUCAAUGACCUCAAGAAGCACACGACAUUCUGUAAUCAGUCGUAAAAUCGCGAUUCGGAGGCAAGAACUGAAGGCUGUGACUGGUUCAGCACGUGAUCUUUCGGGUUCAAGAGUCGAUCGAGUCAUCCCCACCCACUCAUUAAGAGGCGCAAAAUCUGUUGGUGAUCUAUCAAAACGUCAGCCAAACUGGGACAUCAGUCCAUACCGAGACACUCCAGGACCAUCAAGCUUCCUUCCUCCUAUCACGCCAUCAAGACACGUUCGGACAGCAGCCAACUCUCCACAGCCCAGGCAUCGGCGAAGCGAUAGCCAUUUUUCCAUGACAUCUCUCCCGUUAAUAGCACAUUCUCCAACUUCGUUCUGGAGUUCGCCGCAUUUUCACCCAUCGGAAGACUCCAAAAAACCGCCGAAAGAAGAUUUGUGGUGGAAUCCAAAUAAACGAUCUUAAUGGUUCUAUGUUAAAUAAUAUUUAUUUUUUAAUAAUCCAUACUUCUUUCAUGUUAAGUUCUUUCAAAAAACCAAUUAUAAUGUCUUUCAAAACUUUUUUCUUAUUUUUUCCAAAUCUCAAUUCUACAAAUUUGUUGUCUUUUCAAUAUAUUUUCUGAAGCCCAGUGAAAGAUUCAGUUACAUCACGCGUGUAAUGAACAUACUUGUUACGUUCAACCCCCUAUUCUCUACCCUUCAUCAACGUCCUUCACCCACCAUUUGAACGCUUGGUUUUUUUUUCUUUAUUUUUACUUUCGAAUUUACUGCGAAUUUUGUUAUCCAAAUAAAUCCUGAAGCAACCCUAAAA